GGCGGGAGCGCGCGGUGCACUCUGGGAUGUUUUUCGGCCUGUCUCGGGACGGACUGCCUCGGGAGCCUGGCAAAAUUCUUGGAGAAAUUACAUCCCUGUAGUUUAUGAAAUCGACCAUCUUUUUGACCAAGUUAGAGAGUGAAACAGCAUUUAGGAGUUCCUCCUGCUAAUCACGAAAGAACUUCUAUCCUGCUCUUAACAGUGUUGGAGUAGACACUCUUGUGGCAAAAUGUCAAGUUUUGGCAGAGUCCUGGGUGAUCAAGGUCGUGCUAAGAGGAAGAGUCGUUUUCAUGAUGCAGAUGCUGGAAUUCUUGCUGCAGGUUCAUCUCUGAAUAUUCAAGCAGCUCUUGGGAAAUUAUGCCAGAAUCCACAGUUGACUGGCUUAAUAAAUAUUGGAAGGGGGCAGAGUUUUGGCCCACAAGGUACAGGACAGGGCCAGAGCUUUGGCUUGCAUGGUGCAGGUCAGGGUCAGAACUUUGGCUUACAAGGUGCAGGACAGGGGCACAACUUCAGCCUACAAGGUGGGGGGCAUGGCCAGAAUCUUGGCCUACAAGGCAGUGGACAGAACUUUGGGCCACAUGGUACGGGACAGGGUCAGAACUUUGGCCUACAAGGUCAAAGAUCUCAAGGUCUGAUGUCUUCAGCCGGUGGGCCCUCUCGAUACAGCAACACUCCUAGCAGUAGUUUGCCUUCUUUGUUUGGAUGUAGAAGUCAAAAUCAACCAUCUCAAGCUGUUCAGAAACAGAUAGAUGCAGAGAGGGCCAGUAAUAUUUUAGCUACCUUUGGCCUUUCAUCCAGGGACUUGGAUGAAUUGAGCCGGUAUCCUGAGGAGAAACUUACACCUGAGUGCUUACCAGAAACUCUUAUGCAGAUUAAAAGGAGAAGAAACGAAGAAGGAAAGUCCUUGAAAUAUGGUAGAGAUGACUGUUCUCCACGGCAAGACGGUUCGUACAGGCCCUCCCAUGAUGACUGGGAGGAAGAAAGACAUUUUAGAAAAAGAAGUUAUGAAAGUCAUGACUCUGGUCUUGACCCAGUGGUUGACUAUGGCCACGGUCGUCCUUCUCGAGAGUCUAGAUACGACCGAAAGGACUAUGAGCGUGAACGAUUAAGAGGCUAUGAUGACUUUUAUAGAGAGGAAAUGCAUCUUUCUGAAUCCCCACACAAUUUUGGUAAAUUUGAUUCUGAUUAUGGAAGAGUCUCCCGUCUUCCCUCUCCUCCUCGUGCACAUGAAAGAUCUCUCUUUGAGAGAAAACGAGGAUCUCCUUCACAGAGCAACAUGAACGAUUACCAUGGUUUCUUGCCAAAAAUCUUCCCUCACUUGUGCUCGCUGUGUGAUCUAGCAGUUCAUUCUGUACAGGAGUGGAACCAACACAAGAAUGCUACAACACACAGACGACUUUGCCAGCUACUUGUGGAAAUAUACCCAGAAUGGAACCCAGAUGCUUUUCCAACUCAAGGGUCCGAUUCACUUGUUUUACAAUCAACAAACUUGGCUCCAGGCAUUCUUGGUGCCCCACCACCUGGACCCCUUAUUCCAAACAGAAGAAUGAUGGGAGGAGUGGAUUCUCAUGCGGCUUUAGGUCCAAAUAGAAAAAGUCCUAUGGCUAACAAGCAAGGGAACAACAUUUACAGACCAAAGCAGCCAGUCAGAAUGGGUGCCAACGAUGAACUUGGACGAGUCGUUCACAUCAGCCAGUUGCCACGAGUUAGAUGUACAAAUAUUGAUCUGAUCAAGCUGGCCGAGCCUUUUGGAAAUGUUACUAAUUCCUUGGUGGUAAAGACAAAGAGUGAGGCAUUUAUAGAGCUGGCCUAUACUGAAGCAGCUCAGGCCAUGGUCAAAUAUUAUCGAAAUAAACCUGCUUUUCUUCGAGGCAGUGUCGUCAGAGUGGACCUGUCCCAGAAAUAUAAGAAGAUGACUAUAAAGGGUCAAGAAAGUGAAGAGAACAGCCGGGUGGUUCAUAUUAGCAACUUGCCUUCUGUUGGUUACUCUGAUGCAGAAAUUGUGAGCCUUGGUAUGCCCUUUGGAAGAGUGACUAAUUACCUGCUUAUGAGAGUUAAAAAUCAGGUUUUUCUAGAAAUGGAAUCUCACCAAGCUGGGAUGACAAUGGUUGAAAAAUUCAAGAAAAUGCCGUUACUGUUCCAUGGCAGGGAACUGAAAGUGUAUUUAUCUCAAAAAUACAAGAAUCUUGUAUUGAGGAAACAAGGCAAAGAUGUUGCCGAACUGAUGAAGAACAAAGAUCAGGAUGACAGCUUUUCACUUGGAAGCAACAGGAAAAGAGGUCGUUCUGAUAGCCCUUCCUCUAAAGGAGUACGAUCUCCCAGCCUUAAGAGAAAGGCUCAAGACAAACCUAAGACGUCUACUGGGUCUGACCAGGAAAAAGUACAACUAGACUCCCCUGAAGAGGGCAAAGAUCCAAAACAUACAGAAGGAGAGGAUCCUGGAGAAAUCAAGAAAGUGCAGGAAGAGCCCCUCCCAGAUAUAGAGAGCUAUGCGCAACUCAGUGAAGCGGAAGAAGAACUGCUCUUGGCAUAUACAGAAUCAGUAAAGGACGAGGCUGAAACUGCCGACGCAGAGGGAGUUAUGGAGACUGAAGCAGAGGCAGAAACUGGGUUUUCCAACAAAUCCGAAUCAAAGGAAGAGGUGGGCGAUGCACAACCAAAUCCACAACUCACAGAAAAACCAACCCAGAAGGAUGUGUGGUGCCCAAAAUAUACUGAGGAGUACUUUUCUCUGGAUGAGGCUGAUGAUGUGGCUCAGAAAAGAAAAACAGAUACUAAUGACAAGAGAGAUGAACAAGAUAUCAAAAAGCAAAGUCCUGAUGGAAAAGAAAACUCUGAAGCUGAAAUAAAACAAGAUCAGGAUGUGAAAUCAACCAGCCACUCAGCAUGUGUUGAGCCAGUAAGCGACGAUGCUGAGUCUCUCUCUCCUCUUCCUGAAGAAUACAGACUUGGCCCAUAUCGGCCCAAUAAUCCUGUAGGGUUGGAUUAUGUGGUUCAGAAAACUGGCUACUACUGCAAACUGUGCCGUCUCUUCUACACAACUGAGGAAGUAGCAAAGCAAGCUCACUGUAGCAGCAUGAACCAUUACCAGAAACUGAAGAAAAUGUUAGCUAAGCAUGCUGCAGACUACCGGGAGAAAAGGGCAUUUGCAAAGGAUUCUGAAAUGACUGAAGAACUUUGCAACAAAUGAGAAGAAUAACCUGUAUUUAUGCAAGACUCGCACAUUAUUCAACACAGACCAACAAUCUGGACAGAUACUGUCUUCUUGUAUAAUGAGAUAUGUACAAAAAGCCAUUAGACAAGAAUUGUGUUCUAAUGCUUAAAGUUGCUAAUUUCUCUAAGGAAAUUAGUGUUUUGCAGCUUGGUGAAAUGCCAAGAUCCUAAUGCUUAUUUUCUGGUUUUGAAGCAUCAAUUGCUGGAACUGUAUCUACCACCAGAUAUACUUGAUUCCAAAGUUUCAAAGUUCCUUUUGCCAAAAAUGUAGAGCGCUGUCACAAACAUCACCUCUUGCUAUGAGUUCAGUUCCACACUUUGAUUGAUUUGUUGAUUGAUUUAUUUCUGUCCACCAGAACAGUGUUGGUGCUUUCAACGUUAGCAUUGUGAGAUUUCAAAGCUGAUUUGGGGGGAUUUGUUACAAUUCUUUUAACAGUAGCUCUGGGUAUCAAACCUAAUCUGUAGUCUUGAAUCUUAAAUGCAACAAAUUCCUGUGUGUAGAAUCCAAGCUUUUAUUAAUUUCCGACUAUUGAUACUUUUUGUUGAAGUCACACAUGAGAGAAAUGUUCCUGUCAUUUAAAUGCUUCUGAUGUUGACAAAAAAGGCCCUUUGAAACAAAAUCAAUUUAAAAGAGAAAAUGAGUGUUAAAUCUGUUAUUUCUGUAUCAAUUAAAGCUAGCUCUGCAAGAGGUGUAUUCUUUAAGACGAUAAAGCUGUGUUUUUCUCUUUUUUAAUCUAGACUUUGGUGGAGCAGAGUUUAGAAUUGUCCAACUCAACCCAAUUAAACAAAUUUUGAGAUUUUUGCCAUUAAGUGCUCAAUAGAAACACCAUUGAUAAAAUGUGACACUUAGUGUGAAUAGGAAGUUUACUUUCUAAAGUUCAGCAGCUUUGACUGAAUAGCUCACUUUUUUGUUCAUUAGGACUUUUGUACAAAUAUAACUCACUUUCAUAUCUCUGGGGAAGUCAUUUGAGAUGUUUCAUGGAUAGACAGCUCAUUCUCAUCAUUCUACUUGUCACUGAUUUAAUCUAGGUCAAAACCUUUGUUUUUCUCCUGUCAUAGGCAGCAGAUUUACUUUGUUCUUUCACAUCAGGAGAAAUUUCCAUCAGUUUCUGAGUUUUUUUCGUGUUUAUCAGUUAGCAUUUAACUUUUUAAAUUCUCCAAAGCAUGGACAAUUUUAUCCAGUUUAGCAGGCUUUUAAAUUUAGGCUGAUAGGUUGAUAAAUUGGUCAGUCUUUCGUAUUUGCUACUCGCCUGCCAUCAGUGGACAUCAGGACUAAAUGAGUGCAUUGCUUUCACCAACCCAGCCUUCAAGGAGCAGCAUCCAUUCCUGAAAUUAGCUAUCUACAUAAGUUUUGGUGGGGAGCCGCAACAAAAGAAGCUAUAAAACCUCCAUACCAGCUGACAUCAGCACUUACCCAAACAUAACAAAAGUAAGGAUUUGUUUCAAUAUGUUAAUUUAAGGCGAAUUAGGUUCACCUCAGAUCAUUGUUCCUCUUUAUACAAUGGUGAAAGACAUAGUUUACUGCACAUGUUCAUUUCCCACAGCUACUUACAGAAGCAGGUUUUGGUAAUGAGCUUCUGGGAUUGUGGUGGGGAGAGAAGGCAUUCAGAACAAUUGGUCUUUUUAUAGAAUAAUGAUUUAGUACUGAAGCAGUGUUAUGGUUCCACAAAACAUGGUUAUUGUGGUAAGAGGCCAUGUACUGUAGAACGGAAAAGAUUUUGUACACAAGAAAGCCUUUCGUAAACAAAUUGUUUAUUAAUUCAGGUAAUCUAGAGAGUGUAACCUUUCUAUAUGUGUAUCUGUUUUAAUUGAACAUGCACAAUAAUAGAACAAUCAGACAUAUUUGCUAUUAACUUGUUCACAUGAUAGCUGAAUGCACAAGCAACACAUGAGACCACCCUUGGCCUACUACAUGCUUCCACCAAGUUGAGGUUUUGUCAGCUCAGGACAGUUACCUGAGUGCUCCUAUGCUUCAGAGCUGAAGAUAAAAAUCCUCUGAACUCACACCACCUUUUCUUGUACUGUCUUCACAUGUGGAGGUUGAACGAAUGAAGAUAAAUAGUAGAUAGCUUACUGUGUAGUCUUCCUUUUUCUUUAAACAUUCACACUCCACUUAUAAAAGUCCUGCAUUGUUUUCUUCUGAAGAAUGGCUUGAAUCUCCGUUUUGGAUUUUGAGUAGCUUUUCUUUUCGGUACCUAUUAAACUGGAUACUUUUGUUAGGUCUCGCAUUUGCUGCUUCUAGGGAAUCAAAUUUUGCUUCUGAUUGAGACUGAUAUAGCAGAGGAUCAGCCUGUGAAGUAAAGCACUCUUAAAGGAAUAGUGUCCCAGGUCCAGAUUUUCCCCACAGGUUGAUCGAAUCGUUAUAGUAUGCUGAUCUUGAAUGUGAACAUUCUACCUACUGUACAUAAUUACACUUUUGCAGAAUCAUUAUACAAGCAUAUACAGUAUUUUCGACAGAAAACUAUAUAAAACUUAAUUUUUAUUCUGUUUGAAAAAGACCAGCCAUUCAUUUUAGUAUGAACUUGGCAACCGAAUGAGCAUGUCUCUUCAAAAUACAUAUUUUAUCCAAGACUAACAAUUUCACUAUAAUUGUAUAUCUUUUGUAUUAGUUCACCAAUGGUGUGCCAGGUAGACAAAAGUCUUUCAAUAAAUCCUUGCGAAAUGUGCUUGCACAGAUAGUACUUCUGACAGACUUAAAAGAACUUAAGAAACAUUUUGACUCCCCAUGUGAGAUUAAUAAAAACAAGAGGUGGCAGAAACAGUUAUUUUAAGUCUUAACAUUUAGUAGAUAAUGUAACUGGAGUUUUUAUAAUGUGAGAGAUGGUAGCAGAAAGUAAAAGCACAAGAAUUUUUGUGUUAAAAUGAAUUGCUGUCUGAAUGAGGAACAUCUCCAUACCAGUAUGUUGAAAAAUAACAUUUCAUAUAACCAUUAGCAAUGCAGCAAUUACCAGUGUUUUUUGCUAUAAUAGUGUUAAGACUCAAAUUGCAACCAUUGACAUUUUCGUCUCCAGUUCUCAAUUUAUAUAAAAAUGAUUUCUAAUUUCAAGUUUGCCUCAGAGAACCCCUUGGUAAACUUGACCGUAAAAAUAUUCUUUCAUGUCUCCUAACAGCAAAUAACCUUUAUUAGAAUUAAAAAUGUUUCUUGUUUAUUUUUUAAGAAUCAGUAUUGUUAUUUACAGUAUUUAGAUAUACUGAAGCGCUUUGGGACGUUCUCCCGACGUGAAAAGCGCUAUAUCAAAUGCAAGGAUUAUUAUUAUUAUAUACUGAAUCAUUGCCAAUUUAGAACUGUGAUAUCGCUUGUUUAAAUCUGUGGUCAGUAAUACAGAAGGUGUUUUGUAUUCAAAUCGUUUCAGCACAUCUCCUUUAUUUUGAUCUGAAAUCAACCAAAAGCUGUACAAAGAAGCCUUCAUAGACUACUUGCCUCCUAAAAAGAAGAUUCUAGUUUGAUUUGGCAGGUUACCCAUCUCCCAACUCGGCCUCCAGUUUUUGGUCAGUUGACAGAUCUUGGGGUGGAGUAUAGACAGAGAAGUGUUUAGAAGUGACACUUUCAAAGGUGGUGUGUACCUUGUUUUGUCCUUUUUCAAUGUUGCUUUUAAUUUUACAUUGCCAUUGGAAGAAAUGUUUUUUUUUAAAGUAGGAUGGUCAAUGAAGUAGAUUGGCUUCCUUAUUUUAUUUAGAUUUGUGUUUGAUUGUAGAAUUGUUUAAAAUAGUUUGAUUUUUAAACUGUUUCCUCGAAUUUAACAUCCAAGACUAUUUAGAAAUAAUUAAAGCAUAAAGUUGUUAGUUUGUUUUGUUUGUUUAAAAAUUGUGCUGUUGAGAAGGUUUGGCUGGAAUGGCCAAUCUGUUUUGCCUGAACACUACCCAAUAAAAACUUUUGCAUUGUU